GCUUCACCCACACACAGAUAUCGGCCUCGCACGCCGCACACUGCCGCAAUUUUCCAGCAGGUCUCUCAACCAGUCCAUAAUAAAGAAGAUGAGCUCCCGACACAAAGGUAUGCGGCACGAAAGGGAUGCACAUGGAUAAGAUCGCAGAAGCAGUUUCACUACCGCUCCGUCACUUUCACUGCUAGACCCUAGGGUCACGCUCGGAUGACCCAAGGUCGCUCCUGCCUCUUCGCCACGGCCCGCCCAACGAUUUCCAACUGACGUCUUCUGCCUGACCUAAAGUCUCUCUCCACAUCCACUGCAUCUCGGUCUUUCGCCAUCCGCAGAACUGCCACCUUCGCCGAUGGCGACUCACUACGACAUUCUAGGCGUCGCGGUUUCCGCCGACGUCGCCGACAUCAGGAAAGCCUACCACACUGUCGCUCUUGCCAACCACCCGGACAAGACGCACCACCUCCCGCCGGGCGAGCGGGCAGUACGUGAGAAAGCCUUCAAAGAUGCGAACAACGCCUGGGAAGUCCUCAGCGAGCCACUGAAGCGGCAGGCCUACGACGCGGCAUUGCGGAGGCCGAGGGGUUGGGGCACAAUUCCGGACACCAGAGAACGUACACCGACACCCGCGCCUACUUUCUUCAAGACACGACGCGGUCGUAGGUAUCGCGCACGCGCGCCUUCUCCGCCCAGUCCGCCAUCAUCUCCGCCGCCACUGCAAUCGCGCAAAGUUCCUGCCUUCAGCUCAUCCAGCGAUAUGAACAGUUUCGCCAGGGGACCAUGGUUCCAGUGCCCAGUCUUCGACGACGGCAGCAGUACGACGGUCAACUACGCGAACUCCACCGGCUGGGCUUUCUCCAUUGGGCUCUCGAAGAGGUUCGAGCUUAUUGAGCCACCGCGACUCCCAGAUCUGGGAAAAGAUACGUCGACGACGAUUGCGAUUACGCUGAAAAUGCGCCGCGGGACUCCAGGCGCUGCUAAGGCAUUUACGAAGCAAGUCCAGGUCUGCAUGGAUAGGACGCCGAAAGCACGCGAAGUGGUGAUGGCGUCUCUGCUGAAAGACGAGGGGGGCAUCAUCGAAUUGACCAUUACGUUCUCCCCGAGCGUCAACAUCGAAGUUACUGUCUCGCCUUUCACAACUUCCCAGCCGUGGCGCUUGGCCUUCGAUGCAGACCACACCAGUCUCGCGCCUGAGCAACGACAGUUCGCCGCCACAAACUUGAUCUUCUAUCCCAACUACCCCGCACACACAAUGUCAGGCGGAGAGACGAGUACGACUACUCAUGGAUACGCCGCAGGAAGUCCGAUGGCAGAGCUGGCUGAGCAAUACCCUGGUAUAGAAAUCCUGAUCACGUCCGACCACUACUACUGCCGCCGGGUCGAGGGAGAGAGGAAGAUGUUCUGGCAGCUGGCCGCGAUUGGGUACAUUCCGAGUCAUACGAGCAUGGCAUGAAGAUGGUCUGGGUUUUGGAGUCAGAACUCGCUUGUCACGAGGAUGGGACUUCACAGGAAAGGGUGAAAUGGGAUUUAGGUAAUGAAUCUUCGCUUCCAUAAUCCUGCCCCAGGGGUAAGACUGGACGUUCCUUGUACCCAUAAUACUCUGGCGAUUUCUUGAUGCGUGGCACACGAUUCCCCUAAUCCAUUCGCCGACUUCAUGUAUUGUGCGGUUAUAACGAACGAUACUAUCUCACAACACGAAUGCACAGUUACUAUGACC